GCGGUAAUGUGCUUCCUUCAUUUUGGACAGUGCUUUUAAAUGACAGGAUGUUCUCUCAGGCAGGCGUGGCUAGUUCUGAGAAGUAACUAUACGCGAAAUGCCUUCCGAGACUCCCUCAGAAACCCCUACGACCAAGGUGAACGGUCACAAUCCGACCGAAGAAACCAAUGGACAUGGAAAUAAACACGAACACGAAAGCGAAACUCAGCAUGAUGACGAUGUUCUGAAAGGGCUCGGUAGUGUCGAAGGAGAAGAACUACUGGCUUUCUUCGACAAUGUGAGAAGUACAUACUCGAUGGAUACGUCUGCCUUGGAUCUGCCUCAAUUGGUGGCAAUCGGUAGCACCAGCUGCGGAAAGUCCUCUCUGCUGCAGGCAAUAACAAAGCUCCCCUUCCCCGUCGACAGCGGAAUCUGCACUCGCUUCGCCACGGAAACUAUGAUCCACCGGUGCAAGCCUUCCGAGCGACCAUACUACACCAUUACCAUCGAGCCAAAGUCUUCGACUACUCAGUUCCCUCCGAGAGAAUAUUACGGCGAGACCUGGAAUGAUGUGUUCCCCCAUCUCCAGGAGGAUUUGGCCGCUGCGUUUGCGGAGAUGAAUGAUCCUGAAAAUUUUCAGGAUGAGGGACCAAACACACAACAAGGGUUUUUAAGGGAGGAUGUGAUGCGUGUGAAUGUGCACAAGCCGGAUCAGGCGCAUUUUAGCGUUGUCGAUAUUCCUGGCUUGGUGAGUGGGGGGUCCAGAGAAGAUCAGAAGAUCUCGGAGAAGUUGGCUAGGGAUUAUAUUCGGAAUCCGAGGGCCAUUAUUCUUGCUGUCAUGCCUGCAGUGGAUGACAUUCACAAUCAGACUGUCCUUCGUCUAAUCAAAGAAGAAAACGCCACCGACCGAACCAUCGGUGUGGUUACGAAAUGCGAUAUGCUUCAGCCUCGCGAUGAGCCAAAGACCCUGGAGCUCUUGCGUAACCAACGCCCAGAUAACAAACUCGAACUAGGCUGGUUUGCGGUCCGCAACCGCACAACACAAGAGCUGGAAGACCGGUCCUCCCACCGUGAGCGCGACGAGAAAGAAAUGGCUUUCUUCAAUCGUCGACCAUGGUCAUCCGUCAACCGCAACGCCACCGGCAUAACCAACCUCAUGACCUGUCUCUCGGAUACCCUGUAUAAAACCGUCAAGAAAUACUUCCCAGACAUACAGCGUGAGAUCAGAGACAAGCUCAGAGCCGCAAGAGCCGAAUUGAUAGUGCUUGGGACUCCCCGUGACAACGAACGCUCCCAAAGAAGCUAUCUCGAUGACAUCCAACGGCGCUACGAAGCCUUGGCCCGACAAUGGCUUAGCGGAACAUAUCGCGAGAACUGCCCCGCAAACGAUCCGUCCAAACUCCGCGCUCACCUCAACAUCCUCGAAGAAACAUUCGAAAAAAAGCUCCUCGCAAAAGGAGUGGAGUAUGAAUUCAUCGACAACGAUGAAGCCUUCCGGGUUCUCGAAAAAUUAAUGGAAUCCCCCGCGACAUGGGAAGAGGACCUGACUAAAAUGGGUGGUAUCCUCGGCUGGAUUCUAGAAACAUGGAACAGCAAUCGGGGUGAUGGGUUGUGGUAUAAACCCCCUCCAGACUUGGAGGAGCGACUUUGGAGGAAUCAGGUUCGGUCGUGGGAUCUCUAUUCUCGGGAGUAUUUCGAUGAAUCGGUCCAGCGCAUUAAGGAGUGUACCUAUGUCCUCUUCCACUGUGCCUGUCCCGAGGCAUCAGUCAGAAGGAAGAUUCAACAGGCGUUGGAUGACCUUGUGGAAGCAGCAAUCACUCGGUCCGAGGAAGAGCUUAGGACAAUUCUGAACGAAUUGGGCCGUCUCAAGACUUGCAGUCGACGGUUUAUGGAAACAUUGCAUACUGCUCAGUGGCAGAUGAGCGAGAUGCUGGGCACUAUCGUCGACAACAAGUUGCGACUUAUAUUUACUACGCAGAUGAAUCUGCAAGGAUUCUGGACUGUGGCACUGGCGCGCUUUGUUGAUAAUGUUAUCCUUCAGGUUGUUGAGAGGCAUCUCCUCGGGCCUAAUGGACCCAUCUUUGCCUUUAGUGUGGACUGGGUGCGUUACUUGCCCGGGGAUCAGCUGGAUACGUUGGUUGGCGAGGACAUGACGGUAUGCAACCGGAGGGAGGAAUUGCAAAGAGAGAUCCACGAUCUGAAUCAGAUCCUGAGAGAUUCUGAACGGAUUUUGCAUCGCUAGCUGUUUUGGUUUAUUAUCGUCUGUUCGUUCGUUGAUUUUUCUGUGCGAUUUCGAGAUGAUUUUUAAAUAUCUGGUACAAUUAACAGCAACAUAUAAACUAGGCCAUCCUUGAUCUUCCUCUAAUGAAUAUAUGUUUUGGAAUAAGAAAUAG